AUGGCGGUGGCGGAUGCCCCCGGUCUCAUGGACAUUGCUAGCACUCUGGCCCAGGAUGAGAUUCCCUUCAAGCUGAGAUGCGCCAUUUGCAACAAUUUAGCCGUGAACGCCUUCCGUCUCCCCUGCUGUGACCAAUCCACAUGUGAGACCUGCCAAGCCUCUCUUUCCGAUACAUGCCCCGUCUGCACACAUACCCCGGUUUCUCCGGAUCUUUGCAAGCCCAACAAAGCUCUACGAACCACGCUCAAGGCCUUUUUGCGCACUGAGGAGAAGAAGCGGGAGAAGGACCGCCAAUCCGCGGCAGCCCCAUCCGAUGCUGCGCCGGUAGACGCCAACCCAGUGGAGUCAGCUCCGCAGAAUGGAGAUACCGCACCCGCAGACAAUGUUGAUACUCCAGUCCUUCCAGAGCCCGUGCAGCCACCUUCGGAGGGGGCGGGGGUGGCCGUUCCGGCAGCAGACGCUUCGGCCAUCAACACAACUGAGGAGAGUGCUGUAAAAACAACCAUCACAAAUGUUGAGAAAGCAUCCCAGCCCGAGGCAACUGGGGAUGAAAUCAACGGCACCGAGGCUACUCUUGAGCCUACGGUCGAGAAACCCAGCGAAUCGGUUGUGAACGGGGAACCCGCUUUGGAUCAAGAUGCUCCUGGUGAUAUCAACCCCGCCCCAGCACUGAACGCCGGUAAAAACUUCCAAAUGGGUUGGAACGGUAAUGCCGUGAACCCCUACAUGGCUGGCAUGUUCAAUUUCCCGAAUACAAUGGGAAUGUCCAUGGGGAUGGACCCGGCAGAUCAGGGGAUGUUCGGUAAUUUCGGAAUGAACAUGACUGGCAUGGGUAUGAACUCUGGGGACUACAACGGUGGCAUGUACGGCUCUCUAGGAUGGGAACCCUCCCAGAACAACAAUAUGUGGCAAGGCGCCCAAAAUAAAUUCAAUCCAAAUGCUUUCGCAAAUGGCACGGGACCUUACGGAGGGACAUUUGGGUCUAAUAUGUCUGCUUACCCUUCGAAUUACCAGUCUGGCUACUAUGGGGGCUAUGGUCGUGGCAGCUUCCGUGGUCGAGGCCGAGGCCAAUAUCAGGGCUUUGGCCGUGGAUACGGACCCCCGAAUCAUUACCAUUCUAACUUGGGAUACCCCAACAAUCCUGCUGGAACAGAUCAGGGUAUUAGACCAAAUGGAGGUCCAGAAGGUGACAACGGAGUGUCUGGAAAUCCGGAUAGUCAAGUACAAACAAUCCCUACUAUCGACGGUGAUCAGUCUGUGCCAUUUGGCAGUAAUGGACAACACGCUCCUGGCCCAGGAGUGGAAGGAGCUCCUGCUGCCCCGCGUGCGAUGAGACAAGGUCUCCCCAAUACGAGUGUCUACCGGCAGCGUGUGCAAGUUCAAGGUCGAGCCAGUAAUCCUAGUGACGCUGAAACGAAAGCCAAUUCCCAAGUACAAUCUGAAUCUCUACGGGAAUCGCCUCCGCACUGUGAUUCGAGAUCUCGUUCACCCUCGGUCCAAGGGGCCGAGGAUGAGCGAGACACCACUCGAGCGGCAGAACCCAAACGCAUGGAUCGAGUUGACCAGUUGCAAUCUGGCGCACGCCGCAGUCGUUCCCCGUCUCGAACAUCCUCCCGUCGGUCUUCGCGACGCAGACAUACCGACGAUGAUCGGGACGGAGAUCGCAAAGACAUUCACCGCUCAAAUCGCUCUCGUCGCCGUCGCAGCCGCAGCCGCAGCUCCAGUCGGCAUGGAGAUCAUCGGUCAUCUGCCCGUUUGGGUGUCAUUCCGGAACAUAGCUCUAGCAGCCGAACAAAAAUGAGCUCCGAAGGCCUUGAGUCACGCGACCUCGCAAGUCGAAUUAGUGGCAGUCGUCGCUCCGAUAAAGACCGCGUCGACUGGCGUGAAGAUGACCGAUCGCGCGUUUCUAACAGAGACUCUCGUCGCCGUGACCGUGACCGUGACCGUACCCGCGACAGAGAGCGGGGCCGUGAUCGUCGCGACCGAGACCGAGACACCGAUCGCGACCGCCGCCGCGAGGACCGCGAUAAGGAUCGAGCUGGAGAGCGCGAUCGAGACCGUCGAGAUCACCCUAGAGAUCGGGAUCGGGACCGCAAGCGCUCCCGCCGCGAUCGUUCACAGUCUGCCACCAACGAUCACCCUCAAGCCCGUCGCGUGAAGCACGAGGAAGAUCGAACGGGCGAUCAUUCGAACGGUGCCCCAGGCAAAGGGCCAGAGCCCGAGAAAGACCCUUACACCCUUGAGCGCGAGGCCCGCAACAAGGAGCGUCUGCAGCGCGAGAAGCAGCACCGGGAAAAGGCCAAUUCUGGCCGCCGCCGUGAAAGCCGGCAGGACCGCGUGGUGGCAGGCCGGCGCAUUAACUACAAGUACGAAGAUGAGCUUUAG